UUUUAUAUAUAUACGGAGGCAAACUAAGCAAAGCAGCAGCAAGAUGGGGCGGCGCCACCGCAGCAAGUCGCACACCCUCACGUCCUCCUCCUCCUCCUCCGAGUUUGAAUUCCGCAUCUCCCUCUCCCCCCACAAAUCCUCCCGCCCCGCCGACGAGCUCUUCUACAAGGGCCAGAUCCUCCCUCUCCACCUCUCCCCCCGCCUCUCCAUGCUCCAGUCUCUCCUCCUCUCCUCCUCUCCCUCCUCCUCCUCCUCCACCUCCCGCGACUCCACCUCCUCCUCCGACCUCCUCCUCGACUACGACUCCUCCCGCCCCAGCUCCUCCACCGACGACGACUUCAUCAAACGCCCCUCCUCCUCCUCCACCACCGACCGCAAAUCCCCGAAAUACUUCUCCCUCGCCAAAUUCUCCUCCGUCUUCCGCAAGGACACCAAGACCGCCUCAUCUGUCAAGCGCGUCAGCACCACCGCCAGAGGAGUCCUCCGCAAGUACUUCAACAAGGUCAAACCCCUCUACGAAAAGCUCUCCCACAAACAACAACAACACCAGAAAAUGCCUGCGCCGGCGGCCGUGGCUCGGCGAUCGAACGAGAAUUCUAGAGAAAUCUCAAUGUCUUUCUCCGGGAAUUUGAGAUACCCUAGGCGAAGAAGCAGCAUCUCGAGCUGCCCUUCCUCAAUGACGUCGUCGCCGCGGCGGGGCGAGGCCCCGCAAAUGGGUCGGGUCGGAUCCGGAUCGUACAACCCGGGAGCUUCGUCGAUGGCGGAGCUGCAGAGCGCCAUCCAAGGCGCCAUUGCCCACUGCAAAAACUCCAUGACGAAGAACAAUAAUGCGGUCAGUAACGACAUUUCUCAAUAAUUAUUUUUAUGGUCAACUAUUAACAUACCUUUCUCAUUGAUUAGUCUAAUUAUAAUCGAUCCAAUUUAUAGUUGAAUUAGUUAUCUGGAGUUCUUGUUAGUUCUGUAUGUAAUCUUGUUUGGUAUAAUCAUAUAUGAUAAGUUUUCAACUUUUAAA